CUUAAAGUGAGACGCAAGGCAACUGUGUCCCAGGAUAGAGCUGACGUUAAUAUAUCGAAAGUGGGGAAAAAACGAAAUGGGGGCAUCACCUUCAGUACCAUCACCACCAAAUCCAGAACUGAACAAACCAUGGAGGAUAUUUGACUGGGGACAGAAAAAAGACCUGAAAGAAAAGCUGGAAAACUUCUCUACGAGUCAUCCAGAUGUAAAGGACAUCAAGAUCCUGGUAGCUGGACAAAUUGGAGCAGGAAAAUCCAGCUUCAUUAACUCUAUUGAAAGCGCCUUUCAAGGACGGAUCUCCUCUAGAGCACAAGUUAAUUCAGCUGAUGGUUACGGUCAUAGUUUCACUAAAACCCUCAAUCGAUUCACCAUCAAAGGUGGGGGGAAAAAAACACCCUUUGUCUUCAAGGAUGUCAUGGGCUUGCAACCUAUAGUAUUGGAAGGGUCGCAACCAGAAGACAUCAUCAAUGCUGUGUUUGGCCACGUGAAGGAUGGCUAUAAAUUCAACCAGGAGCAGGCACUCACAUAUAAGGAUCAACAUUACACCCGUGACCCUGAACUCUCAGACCAGGCUUUCUGCCUGGUUUAUGUCAUAGCUGCAGAUACAGUCGAAUUCACGGAUGAUCGACUUAUUGACAAGCUGACAAUCAUCCGUCAGAGACUCAGUGAUAAGGGGAUUCCUCAAGUGAUUGUCAUGACCAAAGUGGAUGAAGCAUGUCCGCUGGUCGGAAAAGAUCUGAGAAAAAUUUACAGUAGCAAGAAGAUCAAGGAGAAGAUGGAGUUGUGCAGUGCUAAAGUGGGGGUGCCAUUGACAAACAUCUUCCCAGUGAAGAACUACCAUAAUGAGAUUGACACAAAUGAUGACGUGGAUGUUCUGAUACUGAAGGCAGUUGAACAGAUUGUUCAUCUUGCUGAUGAUAGGUUGGAGGAUAGUGAAAGCUACUGACAAAAAUCACAUAUGCAUAUACAUUAAUUACUUUAUUUCCCAGUCUAGCUUUCUGAUCAAUCGGACUUUGCUCAGUAUGAUUAUUGUUGGCUGUGUGACAAACUGCUUAUGUUUCUCUAAUGUAAGAUGGUUUGGAUAAAAGCAUGCUGCUAAAUGCGUACAUGUAAACUUAAAUUCAGGAUUCAGAAUUUAGCUGUGAGGAUCUUUGGUUUUGACCAGCAUGCAUCUUCACACAAAAAUGAGUCUUUGAACGACCCUCCAUUUCUCAAGUAUAUAUGGCACAGACUAACACAGUAAUACAAUUAGAAAAAAAAAUUCUGUAAAAAAACAGAAAAGGUACUGGCAGCUCAUUACCUGGGCUUUGUACUGUAAUUAAAAAACAGAAUUGUUCUGUUAAUUUACAGCCUGCCAGCAGUAAAAAACAGGAAUUUUUCUGUUUUAAUGGUGUAUCUAUCUAUCUAUCUAUCUAUCUAUCUCUCUCUCUCUCUCUCUCUCUAUAUAUAUAAAG